UUUUCGCGGUUUCUUACCGUCAGAAUAUUUAUUUAAUUCGGAAUUAUUUCAAUUUCGGCAUCCAUCGCCGCUUGUCAUCUCUAUCAGAUAGUUUCCUAUUUCAUACUUUCUUCACAAAUUCUACCAAACGAUUCAGCUAAAAUUGGAGUACAACAAUCACAGCGGAACGUACACAAGUAGCAUAUACACACAGCAACACCCACAUCUAUAUAACGCGCAUCUACACAGAUUUUGCAUUUCUCCCUCACCAUUGUUACAGAUUUGUGUAACGCAUAUACAGAAAUUGUUUCUUGGAGUUGUUUUUCGAUUCGAUCAUGGGUUACGAAAACGAUCCUUACCGUGAUGAAGACGGUGAGCCAUUGAUGGAUUUUGAUGAAGAUAUCCAAUCUGAGCAUGAUGAAGGCGAUGCUCUUCAUGAUAGGCGCGAGCGAUCCCCAACUCCAGUGUAUAACGACUCCAAGGCGAAGCCACGAAAGCGAUUGAUAAAAAAAUCUUCUGGCAAAGACUCCGGUCCUGUUGAUUUUGGAUUGGACGAUGAUCUGGGUCAUGUUGGGAGUGAAUAUGGUGGGGAUGAAGAUGUUGGGGGUUUGGUGAGAGGUGAUGAUUUCGAUGAUGGGGAGAGGAGGAAGGAUAAAGGGGAGAAAAGGAAAGUUAUGGAGAAAAAGAUGAAGGGGGUCGAGAAAGGGGAGAAAAGGUUUAAAAUGAAGAAGAGCGGAGGAGGGAGAAUGAGGGGUCAUGAGGCAGAUCCUGAGAUGAAAGAGAUGUGGGACACUGUUGCCGGUGGCAAUUCCGAGGACGACCAAGAGGGUCCCAGGACUAUGGAUGAUGAUAAUUUCAUCGAUGAUACUGGUGUGGAUCCUGCUGAUGGAUAUGGAAGUGGCAAUGAACAUUCCCCCAGCCGAGCUCCCCAGGCUGAAGAAGGAGAAGAGGAUGAUGAAAUCAAUCAGCUCUUCAAGGCCGGGAAGAAAAAGAAGAAACAAGAAAAGAAUCCUCAAGAAAUUGCAUUGCUUGUUGAGAAUGUAAUGGCUGAGCUUGAAGUGGUUGCAGAAGAAGAUGCAGAACUUAACAGACAGGGGAAACCUGCUAUAAACAAGUUAAAGAAGCUAUCUCUUCUGACAGAAGUUCUCUCAAAAAAACAACUCCAGCAAGAGUUUCUUGAUCAUGGAGUUUUGACUCUUUUGAAGAAUUGGCUUGAGCCACUGCCUGAUGGAAGCUUAUCAAAUAUCAACGUCCGUGCUGCUGUUUUGAGUAUCCUCAAUGAUUUUCCUAUUGGCUUAAAGCAGCCCGAUCGAAAAGAACAACUAAAGAAAAGGGGCCUGGGGAAGGGAAGAGUCAUUAUGUUCUUUUCAAAGUCCGACGAGGAGACUACAGCCAACCGCAAACUUGCUAAAGAGUUGGUGGAUAAAUGGAGCCGGCCGAUAUUCAAUAAGAGCACAAGGUUUGAGGACAUGAAGAACUUCGAGGACGAAAGAGCUUACAGAAGGCCUCCUCCUAAAAAAGCAAUGAAUAAAGCUACAGGAAGAACAUCAAGAGAAGAUGACCUUGAUUUUUCACAGAGUUCAAAAGCUGGCCAGUCGUCUUCUGGGCAACAUGCCUCGAGGCCUGAAGCAAUGUCGAUGGAUUUUAUAGUGCGUCCGAAAUCCAAAGUUGAUCCAGAACAAGUUCGUGCCCACGCUAAACUAAUGGUACAAGAUCAGCGUAGAGCUAAGAUGAACAAGAAGUUGCAGCAGCUGAAAGCACCAAAGCGCAAGCAACUGCAGGCAACGAAACUCAGUGUGGAGGGUCGUGGAAUGGUCAAAUAUCUCUAGAAAUUUGACGCCGUCACUUUUCCGCAUCCAGUGGAUUGAAAUAAAUUAACUUGGGGUAUACAAUACAUUAAAUCAUCAGGCUGAGUGAUGAUUACUUGGGAUUAAGUUUAAAAUGUUGAAUUUCGACUUGGCACCUAUAUAUUUCUGUUAUUUUUUCAUCUUUUUUUUUUUUUUCCUUUUAUUAUGUUGUGUAUAGUAACUGAGUAAACUGUCUGUGUGAGUUGAAUUUUCAGUUGAACUAGUUGUUUUGCUUUGGGACAAAUAAUGUUUUGGCUUUCUUUUAUAUGGUUUAAAUCGAGAAUUCGACUA